AUGUUUGUCUCGCGGGUUCUGCGGAUGGCGGUGACAAAGACAUCGACCGGUCUGGUUGGUCUCAAAGUUAAUCCAAAUGCCCGUCAGGAUCUUAUCAAGAUUUAUCGCCGAACGCUUGAGGAAGUAAAGGUGCUGCCUCCUGAGGCCAAGAACUACCGCAACGCCGUUGAACAAAUUACCAAUUUUCGUCUUAGUGUGGUGGAAAAUAAUGAAGAUGAAGACGUUAUUGAGCGCAAGAUCAACUGCGGUCAGCUGGAAGAGCUUAUUGAGCAAGCCGAAGACGAGUUGACUGUAAUUCCCGUGUACCUUGAGCACAAAUUGUGGGAGAGUCCUCUUGAAGCCAAGCAGUAA